CAGCAAUGAGAAAGGAACUUCCGGUUUGCCGAUUGGGUCGCUGUGGACGGCGGGAGUUGGAGGAGUGAAGAGUAACAGCGUGAGACAGUAUGGUGUACAUGGAUAAAAGUCAUGCCGAUAAAGACAGGUUUAUUUGCAUUUAUCCUGCAUAUAUAAACAGCAAAAAGACCAUUGCCGAAGGACGAAGAAUACCAACAGAAAAGGCUGUCGAAAAUCCAACGUUUGGAGAAAUUCGAGAUGUUUGCAUGGCAGCAGGGUUAAGUGUUGUUGUAGAGAAUAAACUUUACCCACGCGAGUGGAACAGAGACGUACAGUUCCGAGGCAGAAUACGCGUUCAGUUGAGAAAUGAAGAUGAGUCCUUGUGUUUAGAGCAGUUUCCUACACGUAAAUCGGUAAUGUUGCAUGUAGCAGAAAUGAUUCCAAAACUGAAAACCAGGACGCAGAAGAUGGGAGGAGGUGAUCAGAAUGCACCGCCAGGGGAAGGGGGCAAAAAGAGCAAGAAGAAGAAGAAGAAGUGAUUACUUCAUUGAUGGUGCUGGCUUGAGUAAUUUAUUGUGAAAUAGUUCCUGUAUUUUCAGAUCAUUAAGCAUUGUUUUCUUUUGCUUAGUGUCAUACGGCAAGCCUGGCAGCAUCUCAUCUUUUAAAUUUAAUUUAUAUAAUGGGAAGACAUUCAAAAUAUUAUAUAUGAUGUUAGGAACAUUUUCUUUAUGAUACCCUUUCAGUAGUUAACCUUCCUGGUACUACAGGUCUGCUCUGGAGUUGAUGUCUUUUGGUAGUAUGAACAUAGCUCAUUUUGUAUUUCUUGGAACAAAGUUAAGUUACCUUGAAGUUUUAGCCUCACUUUACUUUUUGGAACCUGCUAACUACUAUUGAAUAUUCAAGUGAUUUUUGUUUUCACAAUGCUUAACAGAACAGAGCUUUAACUCAUAGUAAUGAGUAUUUGUAGUUUAACUUUCAUAGCCCAUCUUUGAAGGACAGAAAAUAUUAACAUUUCAAGUAUGACUAUGUCAAAAUGUGAUGUUUCAUGUUAUAUAAAUAACUGGAUGUGACAAUACUAAUACUAAAGCUGAUGUACUUUCUUUCCCUCUCAUCGAAAUUCUUGUUCCACUUACCUGAAAAAUACUGUCUUCCUCCUUUGCUAUCUCAAGCUCUCCCCUGACCUUGGCAUACUGCUUGUGAUGUGAGGGAAGUUUUAAUGUACCCUAAUUCCAUAUCAGCAUUGUUUCUGUAGCAGCAAGUGAUGUCGAUGGUCAUGAAGCUCAAUUUCAGUCCAUUCAACUCCAGAUGAAAGUAGCUGAUUUAUAAGCCUUUCUUCAAACUUCAACGCCAAAUCAAAAUACCUCUGUUUGGAUUCCAUUUUGUCCCAAAUUACAAUCAAUCACCCUUUACUCUCAUUUGUAAUGCUAAUGAAUAAAUAUGUACGUAUUCUGACAACACAGGUCUUGGAAUUCUACCAUUCUUUUGACAUUACACUUGGUGAACUAUACAACAAUAUUAGAGUUCCACAAUGGGGUUUAUGCUGUGCAACCAAGGAUCUGCACUUUCCUGCUUAAACAUCUACACCUCUUCACUCUACACUGCUUUUAAAACCUAACUUUUCAACCAGGAUUCUUUCAAAUUAAACUGUUCACAAUUCACCAAAUUGUCUUAAUUAGGCUGUGUAUCCAAACCAUUCCUAUACGCUGAGAAUGUUAAAUUUGAAUUCAUGACCUGAGGCUUUUUUGUUAUUGGUAAGCAUAGACUUGUCUUGCUCCAAGUCCUGCUUGUAGCCACUUUUCCCCCAACAUUGCCAGCUGUGGUAGUAAGUUUCAGUUCAUUCUAAACCCUCUACCUUAAGAUUUGCAGUGUUAUGAAGUUUCUUCCUACCUACACCCAUUCAGAUCUAUAAAUGUUUGUGAUGUAUGAGACUUGCCAGAUUCAUCUUUGAGGGAAUUUUACUUCUCUUGCUACAGAUGCACAAUUAAAUUGAACUGGUUUUCAGUCACCUGUGAAGACCUCUGGACCCUGUAGCUUUUCCCAAGAAAUUGUGACAUGCAUCUUAAUAUGGACUUAAAUACCUCUAUUGCUAAA